AACGGCACACGAUAAUAUAUACAAUGUUGCCAAUUUUAUUGUAUUUACUGAGUUUCGGCUACGGAGAGACCGCUGUCAACUACACUGUGGAUGACUCAAAUGUGUGUAAAUACACGUUCAUGGUUCCCACUGGACAGGCUAACUUGUGUUCUGCUACGUCUACCGAAGUGACAAAUCAACUCCAAAGUUUACAGAGUGAAAGUCGUAGUCAUAAUGAACAACUCAGCCGGCUUGCAACUCGCCUAGUUCAAGUGGAAGCUGAACUCAUGCGACAAUCAAAUCAAAUUAAUGACCUAUUAACCGAUAUAGUUAUGUCAAUGAAAGUACAAGAAAAAACAUGCAAAGAACCAUGGAUUCAAAUGGGACAGUCGUGUUAUUGGUUCGCUAAAAAGGGACAGUCAACCAACUGGAGUAACGCUCGGCUGUUUUGUCAAGUGAUGGAUGCAGAUCUGUUGGUUAUCAACAACAACGAAGAGAAAGUCCGAAUAGAGGCAUAUGUGGACGUCUUAGAUGCAACUAACAGCUGGUGGCUGGGAUGCACUAAUGUGCCAAAAGGUAAAUGGCAUUGCGUGGACAACACUACACUGGAUUUUAGUAACUGGUCUUCGGGUCAUCCUUCGUCACGUUUGAGUCGAUGUGUUCACAUGUGGCGUCUUGAUAACCAGGCAUGGAACGACGCCCAUUGCAACCAAGACUGGGCAUUUAUCUGCGAAAAGAAAAUCAAGUAAUGACGUGGUCACAAGGAAUAUUGCCCUCUAUGUGACCUAGCAGUUAAUAUGAGUUGACUGUUGUCCAGUGUUUGGUAUAUACUAUAUCCAUUGGUUAAUGUGCUAUAUAAUAUUUAACUGUAUUAGUGUACGAUAUAUAUUAUAUCAUGCUUCUUUUUCACGAAGCGAACGCUAUUUAAAAUUUUCUUUUAAUAGGUAUUUUUCUGUUGUCAGCG